AUUCUGAAAUGUCAUUUUUAAAUCAAUUACAAAUUAGAAACGAAAACGAAAGUGAAAAUAGUCGAAUAAUUACAUCUGAUAAUGUAAUUCCUGAGAGUUUAUUAAGAACACCAGUUACACGUGUUACAAAUGCUGUAGUAGAAAGUGUAGCAUCCAGCUCUUCUUCUAAUACAAUAUAUUCAGAAACUCGGUCAUCUCAACUCGAUUUAUUGGUAUAUAAUGCAAUAAUUACAGACGAUGUCCAAACUCUCGCAAAGAUUUUAGAUGAAUAUCCUGAUUAUGAUUUAAAUCGGUUUAUUAACCCAAGUAAUUCAGAAAAUACUGAAAGAAUCAAAGAUAGUGGCAAGACUCCUUUGAUGAUUGCUGCUUCUUUAGAUUGUCAAAAUACUGUAAAUUAUUUGUUGAAAUCUAAUGUUGAAAUCGAUUUACAAGAUGAAUCUGGUGAAACUGCUUUAUUCCAAGCUGCUGCUGCUGGAAAUGCAGAUGUGGUAAAAACUCUGCUAAAAAAUGAUGCAUCCGUUGAUCGAUCAAACAAUAAUAAUGUAUCACCACUUAUGAUAGCUGCGUAUCAUGGACACUCUUAUGCUUGUAGGAUGUUAUUGGAUCGUGGGCGUGCAAACAUUAAUCAAAAAGAUAUGACUGAGAAAACUGCCAUUGCAUAUGCUGCUCAUAAUGGGCAUGGGCUUGCUGUGGAAACCCUUUUGAUGAGAGGUGCUAACAUUAAUAUUGUUGAUGUGUACCAUUGGUCACCUUUAAUGUUGGCGGCGUAUAAAGGACGUGCAAAUAUAGUCCGUCAAUUACUCAUAGCAGCUGCUCAACUUGCGCUUGAUGGUGGCUACCUACAUGUUUCUGAUAUGAUAGAAAAUUUCAUUAUGCCUGAACCUGUUGAUUCACGAGAGUCAAAAGUUUUAUCCGAUUCAAUUCUCGAAAAAGGCGGUUUUAGUAGGAAAAGUGUUCAAAUAUCAGCACAAUUUUCCCCAAGAAAGAGUCAUUUUUCCAUUAAUAAUACUCGACAAAUAAGAACUUCUUUAAAGUUAAUCGCGGAGAUGGCACCCAGAGAAGAAAAUACGUGGUGGGUUUAUUUUUCAUGGAUAGUAUCGUUUAUGGUUUUAGAUAAAUUCUUAACUAAAUUUGGAGGAAUGGAUAAUCCACAGCUACGACAAGCUUGGAGAGAAAAAUUUGCACUGUGCUUUGUUGUAGCUUUCGCUUCUGUAUUAGCUGCUUUAUUAACAUUUGGAUUCAUAGCAAUAGGUUGUACUGAGUCACCACCAAUACCAAAUAACUUGGUUAGUGAAUUUUGGGGUAAUACAACAAAUUCAAAUGAAAAUUUGGUCAUGACAAUCCGUGGAAAAAUUUAUAAAACUGGUGAUUUUUUUAAAAAAGGAUUGCAUGGUCCAAUCUUUCCAGAGACUGAUGAAACGUUAUCUACGAUUAUUAAUCCAUUAUUUGGAAAAGAUAUUUCACAAUUUUUUCCAUUGGACAAUGAUGCUAUUGGUUGUAGAUUUCGUCCUGCAAAUACGGGUUCAAGUUUUUGUCCUUUGUUACCGAAUGAUUCAAAAUAUCAUUGCCAUACUUCAAAAAAUUCAUUAC